AUGUCUCCGACCGACGUUUUUAGCCCAGGCUCCACUGCAUUGAUCACCGGAGCUGGCUCAGGCAUCGGACUGGCCAUUGCCAAAACAUGUCGCAGCAAGGGCAUGCGCACAUUGCUCGUUGAUAACAACGAGGAAGCUCUGGAGGCUCUGACUAAGACGCACUUCCCCCAUGACUCUGACGUCGUUACCUCCAAGGUUGAUGUCUCAUUGACCUCGGAUUGGCAGGCGCUGAAAAAACUCGCUUUGGACAGGUUUGGCAGCAUUGAGUUCUUGGUCUUGAACGCUGGCCGAGGUUUAAGGGGUACCUGGGGAGAUGAAGAUUACUUCAGAGAUACCCUCGAAACCAAUUUGUUCGGCGUCAUUCAUGGCAUAAACACGUUUCUCUCCGUGGUCCAAGACGCCGCCAAGUCAAAGCCAACGAGCAUCGUCAUCACUGGUAGCAAGCAGGGUAUUACCAACCCACCUGGAAAUCCAGCAUACAACGCCUCCAAAGCUGCGGUCAAGACUCUUGCUGAACAUUUGAGCUGGGAUCUGAAGGACGCAAGCACCAGCGUGCAUCUGCUUGUGCCCGGAUGGACUUACACCGGUCUGACGAGAGCAACGCCGGGUGGUGUGAAGCCAGCUGGAGCCUGGACAGCGGAGCAGGUGGCAGAUUAUCUGUACGAGAAGAUGGGGAAGAACGAGUUCUACAUCAUCUGCCCCGACAACGAUGUUACAGAGGAGCAGGACAAGAAGCGUAUCACUUGGGCUGCGGGCGAUGUCGUUCAGAGACGGCCCCCUCUGUCUCGAUGGCGUGAGGAGUGGAAGCAGGAAGCUGAAGAAACCAUGGCCAAGAUGGAUCUCUGA